UUUCAGAGUAUAACUUAUUUUCUGGAUCACUACCUGAUCCGAAGGUUUGUGAAGCUUGGAUUCUUUUGUGAAUUCAUUUUGGCCCAUUUCAAAGAUGCCAAUUAUUGGAUGAAUCCGUAUAAAACGGUGGCUUCUUAUUGUCCAAUUGCAAUUCUUGUAUUCCAUACUUUAAUAGCUGCUCAUAGGUUUACAAUAGUUGCAGCACCUAUCAGAGGUGUUCAGAUCUGGGAUCGUCAUCGACGGAUAUUUGUGUUGUUGGGUUUUGUGGUUCCUUUGAUAUUUAUGUGGUUCAUGAUUCCAUGCAAAAGUUUUGCAGAGUUAGAUUCCGAAGGCUCUGGAGGCUUAGAUAUAGAAUACAAAAAGGUUUUCAAUUUAAGUUCCUCUUUGUUCGCUGCAAUUGCUGCUGUGUUAUUCGGUGUUCUCACUUUUCUACUAACAAUUGGAAUGUUGAUACUCCUCGCAAAACUGAGUCUGAGAAAAAUGAGUCAAGCUGAAAUCAGUUUGAUAGUUUUCGAAAUUUUUAUGACAGUGUUUACAAUGAUCUACGCAUUCACACAGGGAGUACUGUAUUACUCAAUUUACAUUGCGAAAGAUCUAGAACUGAAAGCUACCGUAAUUCAAUUUCGAAACUUUGCAAUUGACAUAUUCAUACUACCUCAAGCAUGGACUCUACUAUUUUUAUCAACUACGGUUCGUCGUUCAACUCUACGAGUAUUUGGAAAACAUCUCGGAAUUGAGUUUCUGUCCACUGACAUCGAAAAUCAGAAAAAUACUAGAAUCAUGUCAACUGCGCCACCAACUUAUUCAUUGCAAAAAGCGAUUAUGAACAGCAAAGUUAUCUUGGUUCUUCUCAUCACAAUCCAUCUCGUCUUGGCAGUUAGUAAACCGAAAAAGAAAGACAUAACAAGUUAUACCGAUGCUGAUCUUGAAAAACUGUAUGAUGAGUGGGAGGAAAACGACGAUGAGGAAUUAGAGGAAGAUGAAAAACCAGAGCACAAAAGAACUCCACCAAAGCUCGAUUUAGAUAGUAUGAAGGCAAAGGGAAAAAAUCCUGAAGACCUUCUGAUGAUGUCGAAGAAGGGACAAACUUUGAUGCUGUUCGUCAGUGUAAUGGAUCCCAGUCAGCCGGAUCGCAACGAUAUUCGCCCAUUCACAGAAAAAUGGACAGCUCUGUGGCAGUCACAACUUUACAACAAUCACGUUGAUCUUCAAGUAUUCGUUAUCGAUGACAAUCGAGCUAUAUUCAUGUUCAAAGAUGGAGAGCAAGCGUUCGAAGCGAAGAAGUUCCUUCUAAAGCAAGAAUAUGUUACGGAAGUUACAAUCGAAGGACAGAGUUUCGACGGUCCUGCAAAGAAGCUGAAGACUACUAAAAAAGAACUUUAA